UUGCUUGAAAACUCUGAGCCUGUUUGUCUUUUUCGAGAUAACAAUUUAGUGGAUAUCUAGAAAUAUCGACUUUGGUACCUAAAUACACAUGUCUUUCUAAAUAAAUGCCAGUAAAUGCUUUCAUUAGUGAUUUGUGAGUGUUUGGUGGUAUUUACACGUAAUUUGGGUCUCGUGUAACUAAUAUGAGCGUAAUGGUGAUAUGAGCGAUCUGGAGAUUGACGAAAUUUUACGCAGAUUAUCUAUUAAAUUUAAUAGAAUUGUGUACGACAGAGAUUUUGUCGAAUGUGUACGAGAGGAUUUACAAACAGUUAUUGUUAAUCACGAGAAGUGUUGCGUGCUGGUCUUUCCGACGCUCAGUCCAAAUUAUCUAAGACUUGUUAGGUACCAGGCCAAAUUGUGUGAUCUUGCUGUUAUAUCAUUAGGCAGUAGAAGUGCGAAAUCUGUUGCGGUUUGCCAUAAAAAACAUUUUUUACCCAAUACAACUGCAGAGAAUUUAUGUAGCAUACAAAUGGCUGAAAACAGUUCAAGUGCUACACGAAAAAAACGACCGCCUAUUCAGUUAUACGUCCCUCCUGCGCAAAGAAAUCAUCCCGCGGAAAAACGCAAGCUGUCCACCGAUCCAAAAGAAUCAAUAGUUAACGCUCAAAUAACUGUAAAAAAUGGAAAACAGGGCACAAAUGAUAAAACUCGUUGCUCCCAAGUACCCCAAAGAAUACCACAAGCUUGCAAUGGUCAGGUAAAAGAUCAGACAGAGAAGAUCAGGGGAUCAGUUAGUGAAAAGUGCUACUCUACUCAGGACAUAGGCAUCUUCUGGGAUUUUAAAAAAAUACGAUACAAAUCGCAUGUGAUUAGUCCAGAGUUUGAUGACCAGUGCAACUGUGUGAAAUUUUCCUUACUUAAGGAUUUUCUUCCUUACUCAAAGCUAUUAAUUUUUCAACUGACAAGAGGAAACUACAUAGGGCCUUCGAACAGAAUUUUUGAUUGCGCAAAAUUAAAAAAUUGGACCACACGGGAUCCAGCAAAACACAAAUCGAAUCGGUCAAGUACCAGAUAUCCAGUCCUUGUUCAGAAUGUCUUGGACUUCAGAGAAAAUCUUGUACUUCCCGAUGUAAUUAGUGAAUUUCAAAACAAAUUAUGUUGGUCCGGAAAGGGAAUCUUUCUGUAUUUGUUGGAUUUUAAUCGGUUCUACCUCCCGGUGACUGAAUUUCAGAGCUUCAACGCAAAUUUAGAACCCGAAGAAUAUUUACAUCUUAACGAAGACCAAUUAUAUUUAGGACAAUAUACCGAAAAUUUAGUCAAUUAUAAAAUAUUAAAUCGUAGACAAGAAAUAGAAAUUCCCGACUUGGAUAGUUUAAUAGCUAGUAUUAAUACAACCGAAUUCUCAGGAAAACAAAUGCAGGAGAAUACACUAAGUAAUUGUGAAGUUAAUGACCUCUGUGUCAAAAACAACGAGGAAAAUAGUCAAAAAGUGGCUAAAAAUGUUAACGAAGUACUUGUAUUAGAUGAGAGAAUAGAACCUCCAAAAAUUGGAUCGCAAAAUACGGAAUCUGUAAGAUGCAAAAAUAAAUACAACCGGCAUGAAGAAGAGAAGGAAAUAAUGAGGCAGGCCAAAAAAAAUAUGAAUCGAAAAACAAGAUCGAUUAUUAAAUAUGCCGAGGAAAGACACGAGACACUGAGCAUUGGCACCGGAGAUAAUGUCAAUAAUUGGGAGGAUUUAUUCAAUGAUGAUGGCGAACUGCAAGAUGACUUCUUCACAGAGAUAAUAGAAAAAGUCGGCCAAGAAGUAACAAUCGUAAAAGCAUCUGAAGACUAUUCAGCGUAUGCUUCAAAGCAAAUAGAAGAGCUGGAACACAUGGUAGAGUUAUACGACUUUCCAGAUACAUUUAAGACUCACGACAUCAUAUCCAACUUCAACGAAAUCAAGAGCGAUUCAAUGUAUGUGAAAUGGCUUGAUGAUACACGAGCUUUGUUAGUUUUGGGAUCUUCCUCACAAGCCCAAAAAGCGUUGAAACUGUCGAAUGCCUUAAUAAAAGUUCGGCCAAUGUCAGCAGCCAGUAAUUUAGCACUGGAAAAAGCCAAUCAAUGCGAUCUGAAACCAGCAAUGAAAAGACCUCAGACUAAUUUGCAAACUGCCAGACGACUGAUUACGAGCCACUUGGGAGCGAAGACGAAAGUUAGCAAGGAACAGAAUGCGAAAGAAAAAGAAGAUUUGAGAGUUGCCAAAGAAUUGAAAAAACAAACUCGACAAAACGAAAAAGACGCAUGGGAAGGGAAUCUUCGAUCUUCACUUAACUGAACUGACUGCAACAAUAUUACGUGCCUUCGAAAAACCUCGUUUGAAUUUUAAUAUUAGUGAUUCGCAUCUAUUUUUGUAAUAUUAAAUAGAUUUAUGUAUGUAUAUAGUACAGUGCAAUGCGACAGAUAGUCGCUGAAUGGUAUCAAUUAUACUGUUCAAUAUUUCAA